AUGCAUCUAUCCAGCCUGCUGCCCCUUCACACUCUCUAUGUGACCCUGUCAUUCUCUGCACAGCACUUCCCGUCCUGGGGUCACUAUGACCUGUGUAAGACCCGUGUCCAUUGGGACCAAUGGAUGAGUUGGGAUUACAUGGCCUGCCAACCUGAGACCACCCUGCUCACCAGGUUCCUGAAGAUCAGUUUGGAUCCCCCCAACAGCACGUGUGGAGAGACCCCCGAGAUGUACUGCACUCUGGAGAAUCCAUACAUGUGCAACAACGAGUGUGAUGCUCACACACCCGAGCUGGCCCACCCUCCCGAGCUGAUGCUGGAUGAUGAAGGCAGGAUUCCCACCAGCUUUUGGCAAAGUGUGUCCUGGAGGGGUUUCCCCAGACCCCUGGUGAUCAACAUCACCCUGUCCUGGGGAAAGAGCAUUGAACUGACCGAGGACAUCAUCAUCACCUUCGAGUCAGGCCGGCCGGAGCAGAUGGUCCUGGAGAAGUCUCUGGACCAUGGGCGGAGCUGGCAGCCCUACCAGUUCUAUGCAGCCGACUGCCUCAACUCCUUCGGGAUGGAGCCGAGAAAGUCUCGGGAUCUGAGGCCGGCCUCGGUGCUGGACAUCAUCUGCACGGAGGAGUACUCCAGGGGCUAUGUGUGGAAGGUGGACAAGACGGUCCGCUUCGAGAUCCAGGAGCGCCUGGCCCUGUUCGGAGGGCCCCGCCUUGGGGACAUGGCCUCACUGUACGGCCAACUGGACACCACCAAGGAACUGAGAGACUUCUUCACCCUGACCGACCUGCGGGUCAGGCUGCUGCGGCCGGCUACUGGACCCACCAGUGUCGACCCCAACAAUCUCUCCAAGUACUUCUACGCCAUCUCCAACUUGGACAUCCGUGGCCGGUGCAAGUGCAACCUUCACGCUAACAACUGUGUCAUGAAGAAGGGGAAGCUGAGCUGUGAAUGUGAGCACAACACGACGGGGCCGGACUGCGGUCGAUGCAAGAAAGGUUUUCACGGCCGGAGGUGGAGAGCGGGCUCGUACCUACCGAUCCCCAAAGGGACGGCCAAUAUCUGCCUGCCUGACACCAUCACCAGCGGCUCCGACGCAAAGCUGAUUCACACACGUCCAACUAUUCCAUCAUUCGAUGUUGCAAACCCAAAGCAAGGAGCAGUGUGUGAUAACCUCCUGACACGGUGUGAGAACGGAGGAGUGUGUGAGGAGAACGGGAGGUGCCGGUGCCCAGCUCCCUACACCGGGCUCCUGUGUGAGAAAGUCCAGUGCAGGAAGGGAGCGGGAGGCUGCGUCUCCCAAUCGGCCCGGGAGCCCUCCCUGCACCGGGCGCUGCUCUCGCUGACCGCGCUGCUCACCGCUGCCCGCGGCUGCUCACUGCUCUGAGCCGCUUCCAGUACCACCCGAAAGCUGAGGAGAGCGGCAGGACAAAUCCAGCGUUUACUGCGAUGCCGUUCAAACACGCACCACCCCUCCCUCUCUCUCCUCCCACACCUCCGCAUUCCCGGCAAAGGAUAACUGCAAGUGAGGUCUGAACCCGCCCAGUCACCCAGGCCGAUUGGAUCUCAGGAAGGAAUGGACAGUCGGUGGGGAACUGGACUCUCUGUGUCUCCUCACGGGACUCAGGCAGCUCCCCAUAAUUCAUUCUCUCAACUGUCAGCUGAGUAUUCCAUGUUCUACUUUGGGACAAGUUAAAAGGACUGAGAUUUCUACACAAUCUUUCACCACCUCAGGAUCUACAAAAGCACUUGGCAGACAUUGAGAAUUUUUUUGCAAUUAGCAUUGAUGUGAUAAUAUCCAGAUAAUCUGCUCUGGUGAUAUUGUCUGUGGGCGAAAUACUGGUGUGAACACAUGGUGACUGUGGGAUCUUUGACAGGGUCUUGAUUUAGUGUCUCAUCCAGUUGGUCGUAUCUUUAAAAUGCAGCAUUCAUUUCUUCUGUGCCUCACACUCAAACCAUUUCCCCACACCGAUCUGCAGAUUUGCAUUGCUAUCUACUGUCUAUUACUGUUUGGGGCAGAGUGGUGGCUCAGUGGUUAGCACUGCUACCUCACAGAGCGAGGGAUCUGAGUUUGAUUGCAGCCUCAGGCAACUGUCUGUGUGGAGUUUGCACAUUGUCUCGGUGUUUGUGUGGGUUUCAUUUAGGUGCCCUGGUUUCCUCCCAGAGAUGUGUGAAUUAGGGGGAAACUGGCCACGAUAAAAUGUCUAUAGUGUCCAGGGAUGUGUAGGUUAGGUGGAUUAGCCAUAAGAACUGCAGGGAUAGAGUUGGUCUGGGUGGGAAGUUUUUCGGAAUGUGGACUCAAUGGGCCGAAUGGCAUGCUUUGACACUGUAGAGAUUCUACAAUCUAGCAUUCCCUUGUUCAUCCUUCUCACUGUCUCUUACUCCCACACCCUUGCUCCAUCUCGCUCUGUGUCCACUCAGCCCCAUCUCUCUUUCUCCUAGUCUUUCUUGUUCCCUACUUCGUUCUCUCCCUGUGUGACCCUGGUGAUAGGGAGCCAGGCCUUUAAGAUGUGACCUGAGGGAAAUGUGAGGGGCAAGUUUCAAGAGGCCCCUGUCUGCCUGGCCUUCAGCGAGGUAUUGCUGUGUAACUAACCCUGGUGACUAGGGUUUGCAGAAUCCCAUCUCCCCUCCUUGCAAAAUUUUGCUGCUGCCUGGUCAUGAAAGAUUGGGUCUUGUGGUGCAAGUGAUCAAGUAGCGUCAGUGUGCUUAGUGAUUGUUGUGGAUUAAAGAUCUUGUGAUUUUCCUGCAAAAAAAACGAAUGAACUGCAGAUGCCGGAAAGCAGAAAUGAAAACAGAAUUUGCUGGGAAGAACUCAGCAGGUCUGGCAGCAUCAAUGGAGAGAAAUCAGAGUUAAUAUUUUGGGUCUGGUGACUAUAGUGGGUGACCACUUUGCAGAAAACUUGCGUUCUGUCUGAAAAAAAAAGGCCCCAAGCUUCCAGUUGUGUGCCUCUUCAACACGCCACCAAAUGCCCUGCCAACAUCCGUCUCAGGCUUGUUGCAGAGCUCCACCAUAGCUCAAUGCAAGCUGGAAGAACAGCACAUCAAUUUCUGCUUGGGUACCCUGCAGCCUUCUGGACUCAAAUUCAAGUUCAAUAAUUUUAGAGUUUGAGAACCCUCUGCCAUGUCUUUACCUCUGCCCCCAAGUACCAGACCUUGGCAUCACAUGGACUAUUACCACACACAACACAUUGUCAGCUCCUAAUAGUCCCCAUUAGCAGCUAUUCAUUCUCCCAGGCUCCUUUGUCUGUUCAACAUUUUUUUGCUCUCUUUGGGCUCUAUCUCAACCUAUCAUUUACUCCUCACCCCAUCUUUUGCAUAAUACUAACCUUUUCCUAGCUACCAUCAGUUCUGAAGAAGGGUCACUGGAUCUGAAACGUUAUCUCUGAUUUCUCUUCACAGAUGCUGCCAGACGUGCUGGGUUUUCCAGCAGUUUCUGUUUUUGUUUCUGGUUUUCCUGCAGUUUUCCACAAGGUACCGCGUAGUUUGUUUUAUUUUGUUUUGCCUGAGUAACGGGCUGUGUUUGGUGAAUAUAUCUGUCGCUGCUAAACUCCUCCCAGUCAUACCAGCAAUGGGCCUGUUUCCUUCACCUGAUUUCUCUAGUGCACAGAUUUCUCUGCAGCUUCAAUUUGCAGCAUCAGAGUUUCUGGCAAAACACUCGUCCCUGAACGGUUGGCAACUAGCAAGCAUUUUGCACAACGUGUCCUGACCUCAGGUUUCUGAUUCAGUAAGAUUCUGAGAUAUACAAAGAAUGAGGGAGGAAGGGGGCGGGUGUGGGAGAGGGACAAACUCAGGGAGGAGAAUAGGGGGAAGAGGCGUACAGGCAACACGGGGGAGGUUGGGUUGGUGGUGUGGGCAGCCAGCUGUUUUGGUCAUUUAUUGCUGUGUGGGAUCUUACUGUGCACACAUUGACUGCUGAGUUUCCUACGUUACAGCGGUGACUACACUGUGAAAUGUCUAAUUUCUUGUGAAGUACUUUCCCAUCUGCUUACGUCUGCUUGUGUUGAACUUAUUUUGCACAGAGGAUUCAAAGCUUUGACAAUAAUAAAACAGAGGAAAUAUGGUGACCUUAAAACAAUUCAGUCAAUUGCCUCCUAAGUAGGUGCAUAAAUCUUGUUUUUUUUUUGUUCAGGAGAACCUCUUCCUAAUCUGUCUCCGGAACUUGUCGAAUAUUUUCUGCUUUGAAGAAAUCAUGGCCAAAGCUCCUUUUAUCUAACAUUUCAGAUGAUUAAAUUGUGAAAAAAUUUACUCAGCAGA